AUGAACCCCGAAGCGGUCAUACGCCCCGAAGCAGCAACCUUGCCACUUAACCCCAGCAUGUCAGGUGAUGUUAGCAACGCGGCCGUCGCAGAAUCAACCGGAAUAAUCAACAACGAGUCUCAUUCGGGUAGGCGUCAACCGAGUACUGAUACCUCGGUUGUAGGGGUGGUUGGUGCGACUGGCGAGCCUGAGUUCAUCGAUAAGAGAUUUUACAUUCCUGAUUUGGACUCGAAGUCGGAUAGGUUUUUUCACGAUUUACAGAUACAACACCGCAACGAAACGUUGCAGAACGCAAAAGCUGGUGACCAAAUUGGUGAAAAUCACCAAGGCCAACUUGAUCCAAUGAACGCUGGUGAGAGACUCAACAGGCCUGGACCUACGCCAUUGUUCAACCAGUCGUAUAUGAAUGGACACCAACAGAAUCAGCAGGUUCAGCAGGCUCAACAGGCUCAACAGGCUCAGCAGGCUCAACAACAGGGUCAGAAUCAGCAGAACGCUCACUUGAGCAUGUUUGGGCCUCCAUCGCCCACCAACAGCCUGAACUCGUUCUUCAACUCGCACUCAUUCGUGGGAAACCCCAUUUUAUAUAAUGACUUUGGAUUUCCGGUGUGGGAGAAUUUCGACAUGCUGACACCUACUGCGACAGACUCUUCGCAUUCUCAGACUCCUGUCCAUGGAAGAAACAUGGCCCAGCCGGUGCCGAGAAGACGUGUCUCCAUUUCGAACGGUCACAUUGGCCAGAUCGUCCAAGCGAACAGCUUUAUAUACCACCACAAGCACCAAGGUGACAAGCAAAGUGACGGAUCGGAACGGGUUCUAGACUCCGAAACUGGUCGCGAUCAGGAUGAGACCGCAAAGGGCGCGGUCGGCGAAGAAAAACCGCUACUCAAGUCUGAAACGGAACUGGAUGAGCCGCUGAACCGAAGAGUCAAGCAGGAAACCGACUCCCAGCUGGAUAUGGACGUGAACGAGAACGGUGUUCCCAAAACACGUCUUCUGUACAAUAAUGAGGUGAUUUUCGACCCAGAUGCACCUAUCCCGGGGACUGCGGUGUGGAAGAAACAGAAGCUUUUAGAAAGGAACAAAUUGGCUGCAGCUAGGUGCAGGCAAAAAAAGAAGGUCAAUCAGCAGAAACUGCAGAAUGAUAUAGAUCACUACAAGGACGAGGCGGACUCGCUGCGGAUACGACUUCGCGCUGCUGAAGAGUUAAUUUUCAAGGUUCAGCAGGAGGUGAAGAGGCAGGGCAUCAACGAGGGGGUUUUUGGGGAAAUUCUAGCUUUUGAGAAAACAGGUUUGUAA